CCAAGCUCCCUGUGCCUUCAUUUGGAAUUUGGAGGAGUGAGCUUUCAGCCCUAGCACUUUGGGCAAACAACCACGCACUGCGUCAUCAAGCGCCCGUUUCCUCUUUGGGCCCAGCCUCAUCGUCUCUCAUCUCCUCACCAACGUCUCGUCUCCCCGUCUUUAUCUCUAUCCUCGACUUCAAGUUCUUCAACACUCCCUUUUCAUCAAUCCGGUCUUCUUUCUCUUCUCCUUGUCUCCUUUGUUUAGAUCUUCUACCAGGGUGGUGGUUCCGUACCCUUAUAGCUCUUGAAAUGCAUAGUCCCGAUUGAUAUCCCCACCUGUGCUCCACCCCCAACCUGCUUGUUAUUAUCAGCUGAGAAACAACACGGGACCUCCGGUGUACAUCUGGCGUCUGGUUUCCCUCUCUUUCUACAGAUUAUACUACUACUAUCAACCAUACAAUCCCCUCUUGUUUAACGGCUAUUUUCUUUGUUAUUGGCUCCCCUUUAUUGUCCUCUACCCGUUAUAAACGUCACUUAAUUGUCUGUGCACCGCUAUAUCUUGCCCUUGGGUUACGGGCAUAUACAUAUCUCCUCCCCGUCCGCCCACCGCCCCUUCGAUUCUGCCCACGUAGUCAGAUCAGAAGCCGUUAUUUAAACUUUAGUGUCAAGAGUCUUACCAAGUGGUGGCACAUUCUUAACUGGGUCCCUCUGGUUUCUCGACUUGUCUCAACCCCUUUUGUUGCAUGAUCCCACAUCAGCCGGCCCAAGGACACAGCAUGCAGCCAAACCACCUUGAGCCUCACCGGCCUGUUUCCGACGGGAACCAGGAACGUAUAAUGCAUGGCGCCAGAGAUGCUGUCACGGCCCCUCCCCCACGAGAAACUGUUAUUCAAUCACGAAAUACAUCUGGUGGACGACAUAACAGAUCAGAGGACGAAUAUGAAGAGAGUGAGAGCGAGUCAGAUCGUGUGCUAAGCAGUUCUAACGAAGAUAUCGCUGCUCGAAGUCGUGGAAAUGUGGUACUUAUUCGUGGGAAUUCGUCCGCGUCUGAGGCUACGAUUUCUAGCGAUGAAGAUGAUAACUCUACCGCUCUUGGACUGAACUCGAACCCACCGGCCUUCACGCCACAGCCAAAUGCAUUCUCGCACCCUCCCGCUUCGCAAACCCAACGAUCAAGACAGUCCCACUUUGUUACAAACCCAGCAUCAACACGUUCAAGCUACAGGCCGGGAACAAGAAGAAACUCGCGCUCCAGUAUACACUCUGCGCGACACCGCCAACAACAGCAUUCCCCUUACAAUAUGAUAUCUCCGUCAUACCAAGCUGAUAACGACGCUGCUCUUCGCGCAAGCCUUUCCACACUUCUAUCAUGCGCGGCCGCAGCCCGUGGCUUGCCCAAACAUGACACCCAGCCUCCAACAGCCGAGAGACCUGAACCUGCUGCCUUCCGAUUAGUUCCCGAAUCUGUUGCUCUGGGAGAAGACCCCAGUCAAGAACGUGCCAGGGAAACAGUCCCUACGUUUAAUAACAUCGCAGGACAACAGAGUCGCACUCCACGCUCCGCGUCCUCCAAACGUGCCGCAUCGCCUAAUUCAGCCCACAAAGCAAGACGAAAACCAAGCCCAUCUCGCAAUCACUCUCCAUCCUCAAAGCGAUCACGCCGUGUCUCUAUGUCCCAGUAUUCAUCGAUCAUCACUCCCACCGUUAUGACGUGGGUCAUCAGCGCUGGUGUGGUUGUUUUGUUCUCUGCCAUUAGUUUCUCUGCUGGCUACGUUCUUGGGCGAGAAGUGGGCCACACUGAAACUGCACAUGGACUUGGGAGUAAUGGGCUUGGUGGGUUCCUCAAUGGGAGUAGCUCAGCGGAUGAUCAAGUAUCCGGUAUCAGGGCCGGUGCUGGGUGUGGGAAGGAAGCGGUCAAAGGCGGAUUGAGAAGACUUCGGUGGGUUGGAGGUAGCGCAGGGUCCAGCAUCAGUGCUUAA